AUGUAUAAACUCGCCGCUCUCUCUCUCCUGGCUCUGGCCUCAGCAGCGCCCUCCCCUCAAAGAAAUAGAGGUGGUGGCGGUGGUGGACAAAAACAGACUGCCCAGCAAAAAGCUGCGCAGAUGCCGAUGGGUAUCACACAAGCGCAGGACGGAAGCAUGAUUUUGGAUGACAUGGUUAUGGUCAACGGGCUACCCAUACGCUUCAAGAUCGCUGCUCCUGCAGACCAAUUUCUGCCGGCGUCUGGCGUACCUGGUGCGGCGGCGACGAGCGGCAACGGGACCAUGGGCGCAAAUGUGCUACUCCACGGUGAUGGGGGGCAGAGCUUCUUCGACAUGCCGAAUCAGAAUGUGCAGGCCAAUACUAUGGGUGUCGCAUUGUUGGCUCCCGAUCCAAACCUCUUCUGGGGCGGUGGCUCGGGUUUGCAACGAACAAACGGUGUUGCACACGCCCAGGCGGUCAACGACUGGAUCCAGAACGAGAUGCCCCAGCGCGUCGCUGUCAACAUGUCUGCCAUGGUGUUCACUGGUGUCAGUGGUGGCAGCUUGCUCAUGUCUGGUUUCUUUAUCCCAGCACAAAUGCAGAACUACGCUCCCAGUGCUGUAGAACUGAACUGUGGAGGCAUGCCGCCGCAGGUCGCAGUCCAAAAUGCUGCUGCUGUGGCCUCGACCAGGGUGCAUUUCCAAUCGACGCAGUCUGAGCUCCAACUUCUGCAAGGCAGCAUUCCUCAGGCUGUUAGUGCUUAUGAGCAGCUUGCAACUGAUCAGGGCAUGACGCCGGCACAAAUAAAUGCCCUGCAGACGGUGGACAACACACCACAAGGCGGGCACUGCGCCUUUGAUGGCCAGGGCUUCGUAUCGGGGGUGCAGACCAUGCUGACAAGUUACUCCAACGUUGUCCAGGGUGGGAACGGUGUUGUGACGGGUAUUGGUGCGCCGAGUACCGGGAAGGUUACAACCGGGGUUGUUGGAAACGAAAAGCUGCAGUUUACGGGCGGGCGCAAGCGCGAGAGCGAGUCGAUGGUGGUGGCGAGGUGGGCGCAGGAUGUUGUUGUCGAAGAGGAUGUAGCGUUGCUGUCGUGCGAUCGUACUUCGUGCUAG